AUGGACCAAAAGGGCCGUCAGAUAAACGGACAGACAUACCAGACUGCUGCCAAAAAGAAAAAAUCUAAAUCCUUACGCUGGCUGGUCACGUGGUCACGUGGUCACGUGUUCCUGUGGUCACGUGGUCACGUGGUUACGUGUUCCUGUGGUCACGUGGUCACGUCGUCACGUGGUUAUGUGGUCACGUGGUCAUGUGUUCACGUGGUCAUGUGGUCAUGUGGUCACGUGGUCAUGUGGUCGUGGUCAUGUGGUCACGUCGUCACGUGGUCAUGUGGUCACGUGGUCAUGUGGUCACUUGGCCACGUGGUUACGUGUUCCUGUGGUCACGUGGUCACGUGGUCACGUGGUCAUGUGGUCACGUGGUCAUGUGGUCACGUGGUCAUGUGGUCACGUGUCAUGUGGUCAUGUGGUCACGUGGUCAUGUGGUCACGUGGCCACGUGGUCAUGUGGUCAUGUGGUCAUGUGGUCAUGUGGUCAUGUGAUCAUGUGGUCACGUGGUCAUGUGGUCAUGUGGUCAUGGGGUCAUGUGGUCAUGUAGUCAUGUAGUCAUGUGGUCACGUAGUCAUGUGGUCAUGUGGUCAUGUGGUCACGUGGUCAUGUUGUCACGUGGUCAUGUUGUCACGUGGUCAUGUGGUCACGUGGUCAUGUGGUCAUGUGGUCAUGUGGUCAUGUGGUCACGUAGUCAUGUGUAUAUACAUGGAUAGCGUCCCUUUCAAGUUCUCCCAGCAACAAUUAUUUCCCUUUCCCUACUCCAUUGGUUUGGCGAGACCACAUGACGAGCAGAUGUAG